AAAAGGCGACACUUCCGUGUUUCUCCGGAAGUGGAAAUGGCUUCCUGCAGCAACAGACGGGACGAGAAAAUGAGCAAUUCUGAUGGUGAUGUCUCAGAAACAGAUCUGUUGCUUCACCCCGAACUUCUGUCUUUGGAUUUUCUCAAACUGGUCUUACACGAGAAAAAGAUAAAGACAGUUGAAAGUGAAGACCCUGACCACCUCACAGAGUUGUAUAUCCAGCAUGUUAUCCCGCUACCACAACGAGAACUCCCCAAUAACAGGUGGGGAAAAAGGGUGGAGAAGACAAAUCCACGCCAGAGCUCGACCACUACACACAGCUCGAGCACAGAUAUUGGCAGGAAGCGGCCGUUGAUCGUGUUUGAUGGCAGCUCCACCAAAACUGGCAGCAUUAAACUAAAGAGAGCUGAUGAUUUACCAGUUACAGAUCGCUUAAAGUCCCCACCUUCCAGCAUCAAUCUCAGUAACCCUAUACGUAAACUUUCAGGGUCCUCCACGAACUCAUCUUCCUCCCAGGCCUCAGCAGGAAGUGCCAGGAGUCCUACAGGAAACGGCAGCCUGAAUAGCUCCUCAGCUCCAUCGUCAGUACAGUCCAACUGCAUGAGCACAAAGUUAAAGCGAGGAGCACCUAGCUCAGGAGUGCCUGAAAGCUCUGAACUCAAGUCACCUGAGGUGAAAAAGAAGAUUCAGCAUGUCACAUGGCCAUGAUUUCUGUCAGCCUAUCAGAAGUGCUAACAGGAAGAAGUGCCUUUCAGUGAUUUCUGAUGGCUGUGUGUCGCUCGGCCGUGUGUCCUGUGGCAGAAGAGGCCAUAAUGCGGAUAAUGAGCUUGUGCAUCUGAAUUUAGAUGUCCACCCACAUGCUCAUUGAGAUCCUCAUAGUUGUGCCAGUAGAGUGUUAAAAGACUUUCCUCAUGAGCAUCUUUUGACCGGUGUUGUAUUAUGAGGUUCUAAAAGACAACAAAGAUGGCUUUCUCUUUUAAACACUGUAAAAAUGUCCUUUUUACUUGAAUAAAUAAUGAUUUGUUCAUUA